AAGAGAAUGGAGGCAAGAGUGACAGGUUACUGAAAAUUUAAAGUAACGAGCAGAUGUGAGGAAACAAGGUUCUCUUGCUCCCAAGGAGACUAGACUGGCCCAAGAUGUGCUAACGCGUGCUUCCUUGGGAUCGUGUGUUCGGUGUAUCCCAACCUCGUGAUAGACGGGCCCACGAGUGCUUGUGGGUAAGGGUGGUUUUCAAAUUUUCCUUAGUGAAAAUCAUUGCAUAACAGCCCGAAAGUAGCACGACCUCUGGAAGCCCCGUAGUUCUACAGGUGCUCUCCGAUUCCGGCUCCUUUUACGUUGUAAGAGCACGGUGGCCUUGGGGCUCAUCUGAUAGGCGCCCUCAGAUCCUGGAGCUUUCAGUUCUAUUCUAACCCAGGGUUUUCUACAGGGAGUAGGAGAGAAAGCUUAAAGAAGUCACUGGAGGACACAAAACGUGCCCAAACCCACUCUAGGCUCAUAGCAUGAUCCCCACACACUGCUCCAAGCUGUCCUACGCCACUCAAAAGACAGAUCACGGUCACUAUCGCUGCCGGACUAGAGGAGCUCCGGACCCCAGGCCCCGCCGGAAGACGAACGAAGAAGCGCUUCCGGGAGCCAGCAAGCCCGCUCGGCGCAGGCGCAGCAGACGGCUCAGCUCCCGGCCUGGCAGAGGGAGGAGUCAAGAGUCCCCGGUGCCGGCGCCACCUGGAAACGAUGAGCGCGGCGGGUUCGGGCGGUCGCCGCCAGGCACGAGUGUCUCGCCUCAUCUCGUUCAGCGCGAGCCACCGGCUGCACAGCAAAUCUUUGAGUAAUGAGGAAAACUUGAAACUCUUCGGGAAAUGCAACAAUGCCAAUGGCCACGGGCACAAUUAUAAAGUUGUGGUGACAGUACAUGGAGAGAUUGAUCCCGUUACAGGAAUGGUUAUGAAUUUGACUGACCUAAAAAAAUAUAUGGAGGAGGCAAUUAUAAAGCCCCUAGAUCACAAGAACCUGGAUCUGGAUGUGCCGUACUUUGCCAAUGUUGUCAGCACGACAGAAAAUGUAGCUGUAUAUAUCUGGGAGAACCUCCAGAAAUUUCUUCCUGUGGGAGUUCUUUAUAAAGUAAAAGUAUAUGAAACUGACAAUAAUAUUGUAGUCUACAAAGGAGACUAGUUCUUAGAGAUCAACAUUGUAAAAAGACUAGUUUCUUUCCAUAUUUGAAGAUCUUUGUCCCCUUCCAAUAUAAAGCAAUCAUCAUGUAAUUUUUGUACCUGUACAUUGUGUUGUGGAGUGCCUGAUUUAUUGAAAUCAUUGUAAGCCUUGCUAUAAAUUUGUUUUAAAAGAAAAUGUA